CUCACCUUCCCAGCCGGCAACACCCGGCGUGACCGCCAUGCGCGCCUCCACCCGCUUGCUCCGCCGCCUCUCCUCAUCUUCCUCCCCCCGCUCGCUCCGGCGCCUCCCCUUCCACCCAUCACCCCCGCCACCCUCACACCCACCACCUGUGCCGCCCCUGCGAACCCUAACCCGAGCCCUCCUCCCCCACCUCGCCGGCGCCCGCUUCUCCACCGUGCCAUGCUCCUCCAUCCCCUCCCUUCGCCUAGGCGAAUGCGGCGCGUUGGGCACCCCGGCGAUACCUGUGGCCGAGGAAUCCGAGGGCGAGGGGGAGGCGGAGGCUGUGGCGGCGCGGCAUGACACGGACGCGUACGCGGCGGUGGAGCUGGCGCUGGACUCGGUGGUGAAGGUGUUCACGGUGUCCAGCGGCCCCAACUACUUCCUGCCAUGGCAGAACAAGGCGCAGCGCGAGAGCAUGGGCUCCGGCUUUGUAAUUUCUGGAAGGAGGAUCAUCACAAAUGCUCAUGUGGUAGCUGAUCAUACUUUUGUUCUUGUGAGGAAGCAUGGAUCACCUACAAAGUACAAGGCGGAAGUUCAGGCUGUUGGACAUGAGUGUGACUUGGCUCUUUUGACAGUCGAGAGUGAGGAGUUUUGGGAGGGGAUGAACAGCUUGGAUCUUGGAGACAUUCCUUUUUUGCAGGAAGCAGUCGCUGUGGUUGGGUACCCUCAAGGUGGAGACAAUAUCUCUGUCACCAAGGGGGUUGUCUCUAGAGUUGAACCAACACAAUAUGCUCACGGUGCUACUCAGCUGAUGGCUAUACAAAUAGACGCAGCUAUUAAUCCUGGCAAUAGUGGAGGGCCUGCCAUCAUGGGUGAUAAAGUAGCUGGAGUUGCUUUUCAAAAUCUGUCAGGAGCUGAAAACAUUGGGUAUAUUAUACCCGUGCCCAUCAUUAAGCGUUUUAUUUCUGGAGUGGAAGAGAGUGGUAAAUAUUCUGGGUUUUGUACUCUUGGAAUAUCUUGCCAGGCCACGGAAAAUAUCCAAAUAAGGGACUGCUUUGGUAUGCGGCCUGAAAUGACUGGAGUGUUAGUGAGUAGAAUAAAUCCUCUAUCUGACGCUUACAAAAUUUUAAGAAAAGAUGACAUCCUUCUUGAGUUUGAUGGUGUACCUGUAGCGAAUGAUGGGACAGUUCCAUUUCGGAAUAGAGAGAGAAUAACCUUUGAUCAUCUGGUGUCCAUGAAGAAGCCUGAAGAAAUAGCAGUUCUCAAAGUACUGAGAGAUGGCAAAGAACAUGAAUUGACUGUCACGCUUAGACCUCUGCAACCUUUAGUCCCUGUACAUCAAUUUGAUAAACUACCCAGCUACUACAUCUUUGCUGGUUUUGUUUUCAUCCCGCUGACCCAGCCUUAUCUCCAUGAAUUUGGAGAUGACUGGUACAACACUUCACCACGUCGACUGUGUGAACGGGCACUGCGAGAGCUUCCAAAGAAGGCUGGUCAACAGUUAGUUAUCCUUUCUCAGGUUCUCAUGGAUGAUAUUAAUGUUGGUUAUGAGAGGCUGGCUGAACUGCAGGUAAAGAAGGUGAACGGUGUCGAGAUUGAGAACUUGAAGCAUUUGUGCGGUCUUGUGGAAGGCUGCACUGACGAAAACUUGAGAUUUGAUUUGGAUGAUGAGCGGGUGAUCGUUCUAAAAUUCCAGAAUGCAAGGCUUGCUACGUCCCGGAUCCUCAAGCGGCACCGGAUACCAUCAGCCAUGUCGAAUGACCUUGUUGAUGAACAAGUGACCAAUGAUGAGACUGAUGCGCCAUGCCCUAACUGACACAUAUUUUGAAUCCCAUAGCUACUCAGUUUCCUGUGGAAGAACAUAUGUUAGUUGUUUCCCAGAGACAUAUGGGACAAGCCAAGGACUGCCCAAAGUUUUCCACUGAUUGUGCCGUUGUGCGGGCUCCUGUCUGCCUCAGGCCCUCAGUUUUGAUGGGAGGGAGAGGGGGUGUCUUCAGCAAGACAGCAAAUAAGAACCCAAGUUCUUCAGGCUGAGUUGUAACACUACCAUUCUUUGCGCACCCCCUUAUUUAUCAAUUCUUUGUUACCAUAACCCCAUAAGAGUUGUCACGUAGGGAACAUGAGUUUGAGUACACUUUCUGUUGAAAUUCUUUAAACACUGGAGACGAAUACGAAUGUCUUGGAGAAAUGACAUUCCAAUAUUUUCUACA